AUGUGUAAACGGAGAUUUUGCUGUUGUUGCUGUUUUAAAAAACAAAAAGAAGAAGAAAAUCUUCCAGGUGAGGAGACCAUGAUAAACGAACAGUCGUACAAGUAUUUAACGGGAGAGGAAAUGAAAGGUUUCGGCGACGAAUCAGCUCCUAUUGAUGUUACGCGGGACGAGAGGUGUGACGCGAAUACUGUGCCCCCCACAUCCAUUGACGAAGCAAUCAGUCCACAGACCGUAUAUGACAGUUACAGCGGCCCCGUAGAUAAUGUCGACAUCGUUAAAUAUCCACCUCACGUUGGACGUUUACAAUGGAAAACGUUUUUGGUGAGCUUCUUGGUAGACGCUCGUGGCGGAGCGAUGCGUGGAUGCCGGCACAGUGGUGUCCGCGUGAUUGUACCGCCCCGACGAGCAUCCAUGCCUACGAGGGUGACUUGCCGAUAUUUAAGACGAGAAAAAUUGGUGCACCCGCCACCGCUGAUGGAAGGCGAGUCGUUGGCUAGCAGAAUACUCGAACUCGGUCCUGUAGGGGCUAAGUUUUUGGGGCCCGUUAUGAUUGAA